AUGUUUUCAUAUCAUUCAGAUCCUCAGCUGAGCCAUAGAAAGAGAGAGCAAGACAAUCAAACUCACUUCACUGGAUUCAUCCUUUUGGGUCUUUCCACCUCUCCAGAGUUCCAGGGAUUUCUCUUCCCCAUUUUCCUUUCUAUGUACUUGCUCAGCCUCCUUGGAAACCUCUUGAUCUUUUUGCUGAUCGUCUCCAACAGAAGCCUCUUCCAUGCUCCCAUGUACUUUUUCCUAAGCCACCUGUCCUUGGCUGACUUAGGAUUCAGCUCCACCACAGUGCCCAAAAUGCUACAUAUCCUGGUGUCCCAGACAAACACCAUAUCCUAUAGUGGCUGCCUGGCUCAGAUGUAUUUCUUUGUGCUCUUCUGCACAACAGAUAACUUCCUCUUAGCCUCAAUGGCAUUUGACCGCUACGUAGCCAUUUGCUACCCACUCCGUUACAGCACACACAUGAGCUACAAGCGUUGUCUGCUUCUGGCCACGGGAUCUUGGUUCUUGGCUCAUGUACAUUCUCUCUUGUAUGUGCUUUUGGUGUCUGAUUUUUCCUUCUGCAUUUCCCGAGCAAUCCCCCAUUUCUUCUGUGACCUCCAUCCUUUGAUCAGGCUGUCAUGCUCAGACACCUCCUCUGUUGAAAUGAUGCUUGUAAGUGAAGGCACAACAGCACUUCUUGGACCACUGCUGCUUAUUCUCCUUUCCUAUAUGUUCAUUGUAUUGAAAGUUUUGAAGGUCCCCUCAGCUUCUGGGAAGUAUAAGGCCUUCUCUACUUGCAGUGCCCAUCUCACUACAGUGGCCUUGUUCUAUGGGACUCUGAUAGGCACCUACAUCCGGCCAUCAUCCACCUAUUCUGGCUCUAGAUUGAGAGUGGCAUCAAUACUCUACACAGUUGUUACUCCUAUGCUGAACCCGUAUAUCUAUAGCCUCAGGAACAGUGAGAUUCAUGCGGCCAUGAAAAGGCUACUUCAGAAGAGGAGAUGCAUGAAAGAAUAG